AUGGCUCCAAUACGCGCAUUGGUUCGGCCUGUGCCCACUGACGGUUUGGAGGACUUUAAAGAUCUUGCCCUUCCUCUUGAUGUGCAAGUGCUGCAGCACGACGCGGACUCGGAGACAGCGCAUGUGUCUGUGCCAACUGAAGGGGCAUUUUCUGCCUUACAGAAUUUGCCCGGUUAUACCGUUACUCGCUUAGAGGAGCCGCAGCAGCAGCAGCAGCAGCAGCAGCAGCAGACGAAGCAGCAGCCUGUUGCUGCUGCUUCUGCUGCUGCUGAUAGCAGCGCAAAGACAACAACCAGUGCUUCAGGAGUAAAGAGGAAGGUUUUGCCAUCCAGCGAUGUCUUCUACCUCAUCACAGAUAUGAAGUAA